ACAAACGGUCACCACGUUUAUAAAUUUGAAGACCCUGCACAGAGUUUGUAUUCCCGCCUUCCCUUGUCACGGAAAUGCCAUAUCCUGAUCUCUACAUCUCAAGCGCUCCUCCUCCAUUCCUCGGUCGCCUUCUCCGAUUCUUCUCCGCCUUCCCCAGGCCCAAGUGGAACUCCAACCGCAACCUUGUCGUCACUCACCCUAUCCUCUCCAUCAUGGAGUCCUGCGACUCCAUGGCCCACCUCAAGCAGAUACAGGCCCGCUUGACCACCGCCGGACUCAUGUCCCACCGCUUCCCGGCCAGCCGCGUCCUCGCCUUCUGCGCCCUCUUUGAUCCCAGCGAUAUGGCACAUGCCGCCCUCGUCUUCCGUGGUAUUUCCAGCCCCAACCCUUACAUCUGGAACACCAUGAUCAGGGGCUACAACCGGGCCAACUUCCCCCUCUCAGGUUUCUCCUGCUUCCGCCGCAUGGUCCGCGACCGUGUCGAGAUGGACGGCCGCAGCUUUGUCUUCGUGCUGAAGAGCUGCGAGCAGCUCUCGGAGGCUUCGCCAGGGGAGGGAAUCCAUUGCGUAGCUUGCAAAGCCGGCUUCAUAUCACAUUUGCUCGUGGGGAACGGCUUGGUGCGCUUUUAUGCGACACAGGGGCCGUUGGCCUCUGCGAGAAGGGUGUUCGAUGCUUUGUCUGAAAGGGAUGUCGUCUCUUGGACUACAAUGAUUGAUGGCUAUUCCGAAAGCAGAAAGCCACAUGAAGCAUUGAGGCUCUUCUAUCAAAUGCUGAUGACGGGUACCCAACCCAAUGAUAUCACUUUCAUCGCCAUACUUUCAGCUAUCUCUCAACUGGGUGAACUAAAAUUUGGCAGGUUGAUGCAUGAUAAUAUUGGAAGAAGUGGCAUAGAUGCCAGCAUCAAUCUUCAUAAUGCUUUGGUGGAUAUGUAUGGGAAGUGUGGUUCUGUGGCUGAUGCAAAAGAAGUUUUCGACGACAUGCCGAUCAAGGAUGUUUUUUCAUGGACUUCUAUGAUGAGUGCAUAUGCAAAAUGUGGUAACCUAGAUCUUGCAAGGCAAUUAUUUGAUAAUAUGCCUGAAAAAAAUGUGGUCACUUGGAGCAGUAUGAUUGCAGCAUAUUCACAAUCAAAUCAACCUAAACAAGCAGUACAGUUGUUUUACGAGAUGAUUGCAGCACAUGUGAAGCCUACAGAUGCUACUCUGGUGAGUGUGCUUUCAGCAUGUGCUAUGUUAGGUUGCUUGGAUCUUGGUAGAUGGAUCUAUGAACAUUAUAUAGAUGGCAAAAUGAUCAGACUUUCUGUAAAAUUGGCAAAUGCUUUCAUAGACAUGUAUGCUAAAUGUGGAGAUAUUGCAGAAGCAGCUAAAUUGUUUGAUGAGAUGCCAGAAAAGGAUGUGGUGAGUUGGAAUACAAUGAUCUUGGCAUAUGCUGUACAUGGUUAUAGCAAAGAGGCCUUAUUCCUUUUUGAGCAUAUGAAGAAUACACAACUAAUGCCUGAUGACAUCACAUUUGUCGGUGUCUUAUCUGCUUGCUGUCAUGGCGGCUUAGUCGUCGAAGGUCGAAGGCACUUUGCAGACAUGAAAUCAAUUUUUGGCAUUGAACCCAAGGGUGUACACUAUGCAUGCCUGAUAGACCUAUUUGGUAAAUUUGGGCUCUUGAAGGAAGCUCAUGAGUUGGUAAGGGGCAUGCCGGUGGAGCCAGAUGGAGCAGCAUGGGGUGCUCUCCUUAAUGCAUGCAGGAUGCAGGGUAAUGUGGAAUUAGGAAAGUUUGCAGGUGAAAUGCUUUUAGGCUUGGAACCCGGAGACAGUGGUAUAUAUGUGCUUAUGGCAAAUUUGUAUGCCACAAGAAGAGAAUGGGAUGAUGUGAAGAAGGUGAGGAAGAUGAUGAAAGAGAGAGGAGUUAAGAAAACUCCUGGUUGUAGCUCAAUUGAAUUAGAUGGGAAGUUCCAUGAUUUUCAUGUUGCUGAUGUGUCACAUUUGCAAUCUAAAGAGAUCUAUGCAACUUUAAACAACAUUUACACACAAUUAAAGAUAGAAGGCUAUGUUCCUCAGACAAAAUGUUGAUAGGGUCGUACAAAGGUGGCUCAAUGUCUACAAAUGACAAGAUAAGAACCUCGCUGAGAUUGACUGGUACCAUGCUGAUCUUAACAUAAACAAGAGCUUGAGUUAGCUGUUGUACAUUAGUUCUGAAAGGUCACAAGACUUCUUGAUGGGGAGUUCCUAGCCAGAGCAGUAUUGAUCCAGUGCAUACCAUCAUAUUGACACAUGAUAUGCAGCUUACUGGUUGGUACAUACCAAUGAGAAGAGGGGAGGGGAACAAGGAGAGAAGGAGAGGAGGGGGACGGGAAGGAGGAGGAGAGGAGGGUUGUUGACAGUCAAUAUAAGAAAAAUAAAUAAAAUAUUUCAAACUGGAUAGGAUGAAAUUGUCUGGUCGGAGUGCCAGUUCCUGAUGGGCACAAUAAAUACCAGCUGGUCCAUAUCAGGCCAACUGAUUUUUUUGAAUGUUAAUAAUAAGGUCCACUGCAGAUUGCUAAAAUGCUAAAUGCAGUGGAACUUCUUUGCCUUUGGAUAUAUUAUUGGAUACACAGAAACUGGCAGCUUUAUUUUGAGUUAGAACAUGGUAUAAAUAUCAGUAAAUAUUUAAAUCCAAUGGCGAAAGAGCAAUUACCAGUUUCCAGUAGUAAAGCAGUCCAACAUGUGCUCUUCACAAAGAAUGCAGUUGCUUGAGUUCAGGUGCAAAUUUGGUUGGUCUGAGGAUGAUGUUCAGAAUGUGAUACAACCUAUUGUUGAUGAUUUUUUAAGGUGAGUCAUGGAAAGUCCUUUUAAGUAAAUUCUAGUUUUUCCUGAACAGUUCUAGAGAUAUCAAAGAGAAGUUCUUCUUGUGAUUAUGGUCUCAUCAGGGCAAACAAAAAAAUAAAGUUUGGCUAAGUUACUAGCUGAUAUAAUAUUCUUGCAACAAUAACAGGAAGUAAAUCUUAACUGUUUGGGGUAGGCUGAUAAUAUAUUCUUGGUUUUAACAUAUUCCAGCUCUGAUCCCCACAAAUAUCUUUAGAAGGUAAUGCUUUGAUUCAUUAAUAUGUUUUAUGUUUGCCACCAAGGGAUAGAAAUCCAGAUGUGAAACUUGGGUCGUCAGCCAAUUAAGUUGUGACCAUGCCAAAAAUUUUGUUCUUUCUAGUCCAGCUGAGUCAAUCCAGCAAGCAUACUCGCUGGAUAACUGAAACCCCAGUGGUUUAUUUCACGAUUUAAUCACUAAGCUGUCACUAUACAUGCUUGGUUGUCAGUGUCCAAUUGGUCAACUAUUGUCUACUUCCUUUGUAAAGAAUCUUAGUAAAGGAACAAGUGCUUCUCAGGGAAAUGCAACAUAUUUCUCAGUUAGGGCAUCAGGAUAAUAAUGUCUCCCAAGCUACUGAAGUUGUGGAUACUCUGGAAUAUGGAUUCCUUAACACUAGUUGAGGAAGGCAAAAAUAGGUCUCAAGUUUAGGUGAUAAUCAUAACAGUUUCAGCCAUUGAUCCAAACGACCAUUUGCAUUUGUAUAUAGGUUGUACAUUGGCAAUGCUUUGUGUUAAAUGAAACAUAGGACUAGAUAUAUGAUUACCACCUUUUGAUUUCUUAGAGGUGCAUGUAAUAACCAUCAAAUUCUUGAAGACUAGAAUUUAUACCCACGAAUGCGGUCUAUCCAAGUAGCAACAUCAAUUUCCCUAAUGACUUUCACCUGUUCAAUUCCAGUGGCUCUUAACCUCUUGCUACAUGAUUGAGGAUUGUACAGUCUUCCACAUUCUAUUUAAUGGAGGAGGCUCGGAGUCUCCAAGGACUUGGCAGCCUCAACUUUGUGUAGAGCUUCUCCGUGUGCAGAACAUACAUGCAAUUUGGGCAUGAAGGAGAUGACUUGCUCAACAUGAUAAGAAGAUGCAAAGUGCAUGGUAUA